AUGGGCUUCGAUGAUAGCGAACCGUCUCAUUAUCACAAUGAGAAGCUGUCUGCAGUGGCCUCGCCUACGGAUGUGUCUUCGGGAGCUCAAACUCCAAUCGGAGUCCAAAGUCCACCAGAUACAGAGCACCAGCGCCGUCACCCUCGUGUCAAUCAUGCCAGAGAGAAACUCCGCCACGUCAUUCACCCCGACGGCCGGAAGAUUCACAUCGCGCACACGCCGGAAGAGCAUGUCAAGUUGCAGAAGGGACUCAGUCAACAGCAGCGAGGCGAUCAGUUCGACGUCGUCAUCUCUGGUAGUCCAGAACAUUUGGCAGUCGUAAUUGAAUUGCACCCCCAUCACUCCGCGCGACGCGACACGCUUGGGGAUACGCACGGACACAUCUUCCACGAAUUCGAACAGGUCAGAAGCGACCUGGAUUACUUGUCCAAGGAACUCAGUCACUUGACAAUCCAUGGCGUGGCCAUUGACGCAAACUUCAGAAAGUUUGGCUACACGGCGCGCAUACGAACCAAAGAUAAUCAAUAUCAUAUCAGAGUCUCUACUCCGAUAGGUUCCUUGCCAGGUUCAACCCAAGGUUUGCUUGACAGACAACAAAGCCGUCUCACUGACGGACUCAAGUUCUUCAAGCGACCUGUGAUACGGCAAUAUUUCCACAAGGGCCUGUUGUUGCGGUCCUGUCGCAGCGGUGAGGUUGGCACGUUCGAGUUGUUCGCUGACCUGCUCUAUGUCGGCAUCAUCGGCAGCAUUGGGGACAAGGCUGCUGAGGACCCGAUCGGAAAGUCGUCUUUGCUGUAUGCCAUCAACUUCACCAUGGCAUUCAAAAUCUGGAACGAUCUCACCCUUGUUACAAAUUGGUUCGAGCGUGAUGAUAUUGUCCAGAAGCUAUCGGUCAUGCUCGACUUAAUCCUGCUCUUCGCCUACACCACCAAUAUUUCCUACGCCUUCGGAGAUAGACACGCCGGGGCAGAACACGACACGUACAUUCCGAUGAUGUCCUUCUACCUUGCGGAGCGCUUCCACGGUGCCUUGUACUUCACCUGGCUUUCCUACGUGGUGCCUCUUAUCCGCGGAACUCUCCUGUACACGUCGUCCAUCAUCCUCCUGGCCAUCGUCUUCUGGCUCGCCAGCAUUCGCGGCGACUACCCCGGCCAGCUCGCAUUCAUCUAG